AUGCGACCUUCGAUAUUUUUGGCGCGUAAAAGUUCAAGCAGGUUGUUUUGCCGGCGUGGGAUUGGCUCGGCGGCGCGGCCUGCGCCCGCCCCGCCGCUGCUUCCCGCCGGCAGGGGGCGGAGCCGCCGGGCUUGCCGGGGCCUCCGCUUAAAGGGGCCGCUCCCCGUGCGGCGGCGUGGCUCUUCGUCACUCCGCACCCCGCCUGAAGGAUCCCCGGGUGAGCGGGGCCGCUCUUCCCGCACCCCUGGCCGCUACUCCGGCAAGCGCCCGAGGCGACCCGGAAUGCCGGUCCCACCGCGCGGCCACGUUUCCUCGGGGAAGUCGUAGCCGGUGGCUCCCGCCGCGCUCAGCACUUCCUGCGCCGCCCUCACCCCCCCGCCGAGGCCGGCAAUGGCGCGGCCGGCGGCCGCCUACGAGGUGGCGGUGCCGCCCCGCCCAGCCUGCGCCUACACCAGCUGCUACUGUGAAGAAAAUGUUUGGAAACUUUGUGACUACAUCAGGAGUCGGGAUCAGUACCCUUUAGAAGAAUUUUAUACUGUUUUCAUAUCCAAUGAUCGGAGGAUGAUUCCACUCUGGAAGCAGAAAUCGGGACAUGGAGAUGAGCCUGUUGUCUGGGACUACCAUGUCAUUCUACUUCAUGUUUCCGGCGGGGAGCAGAACUUCAUUUAUGAUCUUGACACAGUGUUGCCGUUUCCGUGUCCUUUUGACGUGUACAGUGUGGAGGCCUUUAGGCUGGAUGACAGCCUUCAUCCAGAAUUUCACAGGAAAAUCAGAAUGAUUCGAGCAGAUUUGUACUUGAAGACGUUUGCUUCAGACAGAUCUCAUAUGAAGGAUGCAAAUGGGAAGUGGCAGAAACCUCCUCCUUCAUACCCUUGCAUCGAAACUGCAGACUCCAAGAUGAACUUGGAUGAUUUCAUCAGUAUGAAUCCUAAAGUGGGAUGGGGCUCAGUGUUAUCCCUUCCGGACUUUGUGCAUCGAUUUGGCAGACAGGCUGAUUAUGGCUAUUCCUCGGAAGGACGGUGAAGUGAAUGAAGUUCUCCCUGCUUCUGUUUUGAGAGGGUGCAUUUUGUUUUGCUGCUCUUGCAUUGUAUUUAUGGUUUACAUUUCUUUACAUGGAAUAAGUAUUUGGGCAAAUAGAAUACCCAAUCAGAAAUGUCAUGAACUGAAUAAAAAACUUUUAUUUUGAUUAUGUCAGAAUGAACUUGGUUUUUAAUAUGUCAAAUCAAAGGCAGGUAUCCCACCAUAAGUAUAUUCCUUUUCCUUCUGCUGUGCCCAAAUUGGAAAGAGCAUUUACAUGCUGUAAGAAAAGCUUUUGGGAAAAUAGGUGCAUAAACUACUACACAAUGUAGCUCAAAUUGCUAAAUGUUGCCACAUUUGAGAAGAGAGAUACAGUAUAGUUUUUUAAUGUUAUGGUUUUUAGCCCUUACAGAAACAGAUGGUGCAUCUCAGUUUAGUCACUAACUUUAUUUAGCAGAAGCCUAAAGGUCAGACCCACAAAGGGAAUAAAGAUUUAGUAGUACAAUCUCAAACUCCCAAGCACUAUGUAAAACCAGGUGAGUACCUAAGCAGCUUUUCUGUGCUGUACAAGGGGGAGAAUUAAAUGCCUGUCAUUUCACUUAAACUGUUUCAGUGCUGAUGGUUGCUGGAAGAUGCAGUUGCUUUUCCUUCUUACACUGG